AUGUCUUUUAGGAAACGUAACGCGGUCAUAUCCGCCGUUCCAAGUGCUCGGCCUGAUGGGAUUCCUCUCCGCCCAGGUCAACAACAGGUGCACCAACCGCCCCAAGCUCCUCCAGGCUUGCGUCCGUCGCCCCUCGAUGGACGCCUUACCACUUCGACCGGAACAGCGUCUCUGGAUACGCUGCUGGCUGGCCAUGCCGGACUACCACUCGGUACCUCUCUUCUUGUCGAAGAGCAAGGGACGACGGAUUUCUCUGGGGUUCUUUUGAGGUACUACGCCGCCGAGGGUCUGGUUCAAGGACAUCAUGUUCACGCUCUUGCCUUUCCCGAGGCAUGGAAGUACGAGUUGCCGGCGCUCUCAUAUGUGUCCAAAUCGAGCUCAGGCAGUACCCCAUCACGAACAUUCGCGUCUGCAGAUUCGGCGGGUGACAAGAUGAAGAUUGCGUGGAGGUAUGAGGCACUGGGAAACAGCAGAAGCCAAGCCCAACCUGCCAGAGAGCGAGCAGGAGGGCCAGGUUCCUCUGUCUUUUGUCACUCAUAUGACCUGAGCAAGCGCCUAUCCACCUCUGACAUUAAGGGACAGUUCCAUUCAAUACCAUCCGUCAGUCCUCUCAGCUGGUCACUCGAACAGCUUGCAGAGGCAUCUCCUCUCAGACUCUUCAUAAAGCAUCUUCAAAACAGUUUGAGCUCGUCGUCACCAAAUACCAUACAUCGCGUCAUAAUCCCCAGUCUGCUUUCACCCACACUCUACCCUGGCAGUGCCUGUGAUCCAACCGAGGUCCUUCAGUUUUUGCACUCCCUGCGGGGCUUGUUGAGAUUGUACAACAAGCAGCUCACUGCGCUCUUAACCCUGCCCGUCUCUCUUUAUCCUCGUGCCUCCGGCCUCACCCGAUGGAUGGAGUUGCUUUGCGAUGGAGUCAUGGAACUUAUUCCCCUCCCAAGCGUCCUGGGUGCUGGCGCACUCCCUGCAGUAUCUAGUGGCAGCGGCAAGGACAAAAAAGAUGCGGACAAGGCCCAGGGCAUUGUCAAAGUUUACACCAUGCCUGUGUUCCACGAGAGAGGCGGCGGCGGCUCUGAAGGCAAUCAUUUCAGGGAUAAUCUGUCCUUCAGUCUCAGCAGUUCCCGGGGCCUCGUCAUAACACCAUAUAGUCUGCCCCCGAUGGAGGACGAUGACCAGAAAGAGAAGUCUCCUGCCAGCACUGUCAAGGACGGCAUCGAUUUUUAG